AGGUUGAUUGAGCACUCCGAAGGAGUGCUGCAGCUGAGAAUAAAACUAUAUAUUUUUUUGUUUUGUUUUUUUUUUUGUUUUUUUUCACCUGUUCUAGAGUUUUAUUUUGUUUUCGACCAUUGAUUAAGUGGAGUCCAUUUUGUAACGAAUUGCAUUUGUUUUUUAAAUUAAAAGAAACUGAAGAUUUCAUAUACAAUGUCUUCAGUCGAAGACAGAGCGAAGGAGAUUUUAAAGGGGUUUAAACUAAACUGGAUGAACUUGAGAGAUGCAGAGACGGGGAAAGUUCUCUGGCAGGGAACAGAAGACCUUUCAGUUCCAGGGGUAGAACACGAAGCUCGAGUUCCUAAAAAGAUCCUGAAGUGCAAAGCAGUUUCUAGAGAGUUAAAUUUCUCCUCGACAGAACAUAUGGAAAAAUUCAGACUUGAACAGAAGGUUUUUUUCAAAGGACAGUGUCUAGAAGAGUGGUUCUUUGAAUUUGGCUUUGUGAUUCCUAAUUCCACAAACACAUGGCAGUCUUUGAUAGAGGCAGCACCUGAAUCUCAGAUGAUGCCAGCAAAUAUUUUAACUGGAAAUGUUAUCAUAGAGACCAAGUUCUUUGACGACAACCUUCUCGUAAGCACUUCCAGGGUUCGACUUUUCUACGUUUGAUCAGAUGGUGUUUGUGAAGACCCGUCUCAUCUGCAAGACUUUCAUGUGACCAGCUAUCCAGCUUGGAGUGGAUUGACUCGGCACAUUAGAAUUUCUCUGUGGAAAUAUCAUAAAAGAACCAACUGAGCAUAUAAAAAAAAUAAAUGGUCAUCGGAUCACUGCAGAAAAAAUGACUAUUGUAUAUAUGGGCAGCGGUGCUCAUUGUGACCAACCUUGUAAAUUAUUUUGUUAUUUAUACUAUUUUUCUCCAUUUUUCUGUAGCUUUUGAAUCCUAGCUUGCAAUGUACACUGCUUCGUUGUGUGUGCUAAUAUUUAAAAAAAAAAAAAAUUGUGCUUCCAGCUGCUGUUUUAUUUUGUAAGAUGUGAUACAUUUCUUAGUUAUAACUUAACUGUAAAAUAGUAUGUUAUUACUGAAAUUAUGCUUUUAAUGAUUUCAUAGACACUAAAUACAAUGAGGUCAUCUUUCUCCUGCCCACUCCCUAUUUAUAUUGACAUUGCUUUUUAUUUGUAAUAGGUUUGCUUUUCAUAGAGUGAGAAAAUGCUUCUUUUUUUACUCGAGGUACCUAAAUACAUAUUUUCCAAUGCAUUUAAAGUUCUGGUUAAUAAGUGAUUUUAGUUAUUACAUGUAUGUAAAUUAGACUUGGUUAUCUUUAACUUUGGUGAAAAUGCCAUGUUAAGAAGCUCAAUGACAGACUUUUAUUUAAAAAAUAAAGGAUCCUAAAACCA